UCCCCGCCCCUCGCUGGACUGUGCCUUGGCAGCUUGGUAGCCGUCCGUGGGUGCGAAGGUUUUGCGGUUAACGCCGGCUGCUGCGGGUCUUCGUCUGCCGCGAAUCCGCGCCGUGAGGUCGCGCUGCGCGUGACCACCAUGAGCCGCCUGGGCUCGGUACAGCGGAAGAUGCCGUGCGUAUUUGUGACGGAGGUGAAAGCUGAGCCCUCCGCCAAGCGGGAGCAUCAGCCAUUUAAAGUUUUGGCAACUGAAACGCUAAGUGACAAGGCAUUAGAUGCAGAUGUAUACAAUGCAAUUGCAACAGAAAAAGUGGAUGGAACAUGCUGCUAUGUUACUACUUAUAAAGGUCAGCCAUACCUUUGGGCUCGACUAGAUAGAAAACCUAACAAACAAGCUGACAAAAGAUUUAAAAAAUUUCUACAUUCAAAAGAAAACUCAAAAGAAUUUCUUUGGAAUAUUGAGGAAGAUUUCAAACCUAUUCCAGAGUGUUGGAUAGCAGCGAAGGAAGCAGAGCAGCACAAUGGGCAUCCAGUACCUGAUGAAAAUGGACACAUUCCUGGUUGGGUACCAGUUGAGAGAACCAGCAAACAGUAUUGCUGGCAUUCUUCUGUAGUUAACUAUGAACUUGGAAUUGCCCUGGUACUGAGGCACCAUCCUGAUGAUCCAGGACUUUUAGAAAUUAGUUCGGUGCCACUGUCAGAGCUUUUAGAGCAAACUUUGGAGCUCAUAGGAACAAAUAUCAAUGGAAAUCCAUAUGGGCUAGGAAGCAAGAAGUAUCCACUACAUUUUCUUAUACCACAUGGAGCAUUUCAAGUAAGAAAUCUGCCUGCACUGAAACACAAUGACCUGUUGUCCUGGUUUGAAGGCUGCAGAGAGGGCAAAAUUGAAGGGAUUGUAUGGCAUUGCGGUGAUGGCUGUUUAAUUAAGGUCCAUCGCCAUCAUCUUGGUUUAUGCUGGCCACUUCCAGAUACUUACAUGAAUUCCAAACCAGUUAUUAUUAACAUGAACUUGAACAAAUAUGACUAUACUUUUGACAAUAAGUGUUUGUUUAAUCAGUUUUUUAAAAUAGAUAAGCAGAAAUUUGGUAGGCUCAAAGAUAUAAUAUUUGAUGUAUAAAAUGGAAAUACAACUGGAAUUAUUGUUAUAUUACAAUCUUCAGUAUUCUGCCUUACUUAAAAAAGGCAAAAAUACCUUAAGAUUCCUAUUUAUUGUGAAAAUAUCAAUGUCUUCUAGUGUUCUAAGAAAUUUAACUUUCCAGUUCCAAACAAAUACCUAUUCAAAUUUUCACUUAACAUCAAAAUAAUCUUAACCUCUGGAAA